GAAAAGGAAGCGCCCUAGACUACCUGCGCCCAGAGAGCUGGUGGGAUUAGUGCCAGAGGGAUCGUCCGUAGCCAUUUUGGUUCAAGCCAUUUUGGCCAAAGUCUGACCCAAGCGUGCCCUUUGCGAGACGCCGUCGCAGCGCCCCACGCACCUGCGGCCCGGCGGCGAGAUGCCGGACCUGACCAGCCCGCCCAGCCACGACCAGCGCUCCCAGUCGAGGUCCCGCAUACAGAUUGCGCUGGCGAUGAUGAGCCCCAAGGGGAACGAUCGAUCGAGAAGAAUGGCGUCCCCGUCCCGGCGGGCCACCUCGCGCGACCCGGGCUUGCUCGGGCGGCGCUCCAGCAGGAGCGGGGGGGGCUGGCGAGCGACCUGGUGGUCGCGGUGUCGAAGAGCCUCGCGCAGCGGCUCUCCGAUCACGCGCCAGUCCUGGACGGCAGCCGUGCUCCGGACAUGGCAGCGUUCGUUCACGCCAGCGCGACUGGCGGCGGCUCCUUGUUGGGCCUGAAAGAGUGUUUCCGGGGUGCGCUCGACGCGAUGGAGCUGAGCGACAAGAGCAAAGGCAUGGUCCUCGCUGGUGCCUACCACUGCCUUCAGGCAGAAGACAUCCUGCUCACCGCCCAAACGUGGCGGCCGCUCGUCGUGACCUCGCUGCUCGUCGCGGCCGGCGACCUGUGCGAGCGCGCGGAGCGCGAGCAGGCGAUUCGCAAGCUCAGGUGCUCCACGGCCCAGUGGUGGUCUCAAGACAAGGCCGACCUGGCAGUCCAGGUCUUCAAGAUGCGCGAUGCCUACGUGCGGGAUCCGCUCCGCCAUCCGAACGUGGUGGCGCUGUGCCUCAAGCUGCAGGCUCGCUCUUUGGAGACCGCCUCCCUCGGUGAGGAUAGUCGCUCGUGGUCGACCGCCGUCGAGCUUGAUCGAGCUUCCAAGAGGAACGCGCACGUCGGGGCCUCGACGCGGCGGUCAAGCCGCAACGGCACCCGCCACGCCUGCAGCAUCGAGCGCAGCAACGCCAUCCUGGCACUCUCCGAGCCGAGGUGUCGGAUCACCGUCAACGACGUCGACACCUCCGACCUCUCCGUCAUCUCCAUCUGAGGCUCGCGAUGCUCGCAGGUCUCCGGCUCAUCGUCGCCGCGGGGAACCCAGCUCUGCUCUACAGAACUGUGUCUCGUUUCCAAGCGCGCGCGUGCCGGUGCGGAGUCUGGUCGCCGCCGCGACGGGCAGCGUCGAUUUUUGUCAGCAGGGCUGAAGAGUUUACGUUGCUUUCAGUGAUGGCUGGCAGGGCUACUCAAGGAAAGGGCGGUCACAGGCUGCCUCUCGAGCGCGGUAAUCAAGCCGCGUUGAGAGCUUGCAGCGCAAUGCCAGCCCCUUUUUUUUGUGCUCUCUCUCUCUCUCCCUAUACACUUAUUUCUCUUGGUUCCUUUCACCCUUGCGGGUCAAGCAGGCCCUAACGCUACAAGUCACCAGCUCCUCCCACCUCCGCAAUAUCCUUCGACUGCACUUCCGCCGAGCCAUAGAUUGGUGCCACCAUGCUCAGGCUCGAAGUAUGAGCAUGUGAUCUUGCUGUCCGCUUUUGUUCAUCGGCAAGCGCAGACCGAGGAGGACAUCAAACCAAGUGACGUUUGAUGUAUGCGCGGGGUACCGGAUAUCAGCUUUAUGACGAAUGUCUAAUGAUCAGGUCGCAUAGGUAAUGGACAAGCGCUGGCCACGCAGAAGUACAGCAGGCGCGUGGCAUUCUACAUCAGCCGGCCCGCAGAGGUCACUCGCCCCCCCCAUUUGUCCCACCCCC